AUGUUACUUGAUAACAUUAAAGUAUGCAGUAAUUAUAUAUUUCAGGUUGCCAUCCGAAUUCGACCAUUCACAAAUAGAGAAUUGGAGAUAUCUGACAUUACGACUCUCUUAGUCUUGGAUAAAGAGACCGUCUCCACCAUUCCUCCCAUCGAAGCUGGAAUCAAGCAAAAUCAAAAAACUUACAAAUUCAAUUGGGUUUUUGAUAGAAUGAUAUCGCAAAAAGAAAUCUUUGAAACCACCCUUGAGUAUUAAGUCCUUUCAGUACUUGAUGGAAUUAAUUUUACAAUAAUGAGUUACGGAGCAUCAGGUUCUGGCAAAUCACAUACGUAUAAUAAUUAUUCUCUAAAUUAUAGACUGGUUAAGUACGCCGAAGAUUACGGAUUACUCAUUCGUUCUAUCAACAAAAUCUUUUAAACCAUCUAGAAUAAGAAAAGAAAAAUUGCUAUUAAAUUUUCCUAUGUGGAAAUCUCACAAGAGUAACUCUACGAUUUGCUAAAUAACAUGAACACCAAUCUGGACAUUAGAGACGAUUAGGACAAAGGUGUAGUUAUACAUGGAAUAACCGAAAUGGAAAUUGCAAGUACACAAGAAUUGAUUCAACUUAUUCAAAUAGCUAAGAAGUAAAAAUCGCUUAAAUAACAUGAAUUACUCAUCUUCUCUCUCUACAUCCAAGACCAUCCUGACGGAAAAUUGGUUGUAUCUAAAUUGAUUUUUGCUGACCUUGGAUGGGUUGAAAGGGGGGCUCAAAAGAAAAAAAACAUCUCCCUCUAGGUUCUCAAUAAUUGCAUUUCCCUUUUGAAUGAAGCAAAGAAAAAGAACACUCAGACAUUCAUACCUUACAGAAAUAGCAAAUUAACUCGGCUAUUGAAAGAAUCCUUGGGAGGGAACUCCAAAACUCUCAUUAUUUCAUGUGUAAGUCCUGCUAUCUUGGGAUAUGAGGAUACGAUCCAAACACUAGAAUAUAGUCAGAUGGCUACUACUAUAACGAAUUAGACUUCAAUUAAGGUGUUUUAGGAUAAUGAAUAAUAAUUAAUCAUGGAGCAAACUAAUCAUGACUUAGUUAAUCAAAAUGAAGAAUUAAAAAAAUAGUUAAAUAAAUAAUCUCAAAAGUAAAAUGAAGUCAUCCAAAUGCAAUAAAUCGAGAAAAACAUCAUUCAGCAUUUCAAUCGAGAAUCCUCAAUACAGGAAGAUAUAUUUAAAAUGUAAUAUGAAGCAGAGUAGAUGAAAUAAGGAAUCAAAGACAAAUAACAAUUACUAGACAAAAUUGAUUUAUCAGAAAGGAAAAAGUAUAAUCAAUUGAAAGAUGAAAUUGAAAAUGAAUAAGAAAAGGUUGACCUUCAAGAAAUUGAAAUUAAAAAACUACAAAAAUAAACCAAUGAUUUCACUAUUCAGAGGAAAGCAUUAUAAGAUGUAUAAUCAUUUAUUCAUUAUAGAAUAUAAAAUAAAAUAGUUUAGUUGAUGUUGAUAAGCUAUAUCUCACUAAUCUAAUCGAAAAGUUUAUUCUUAAAUAGCAAUUACAAGAAAUCAAAGCUAAAGAAUCCAUCUAUCAAUUACAUCAACAAGAAUAAGAGAAAUUGCUCUCCCUUCAAAAUAACUAGAUCACCCUCAGAGAUAGGAUCAUAGAAGAACAAAGAAAAUAAAUUACAUAAAAUUUCAAAAUGAAUUCAACCAAACGAUAUGCUAAAAGUGAUGGAAGUAGUCAGCUAAUCACCACAUCUAAAUCCAAAUUCAAAUUGAAUCCAAUCCUUCCCAAAGUUUCUGGUAUCACUUAUUUUCAUUCCUUAGAAAAACAAUAAAGCUAAGAACCCUACUUGUACAGAUAGAGCUCUUCAAGAUAGACUCCAUAAUUAUAAACCCCUAAGAAGGAAAAAAAAUCAAAGUCUAGAUCCAAAUCUAAAUCUAAAUCGAGAGACAAAUCUAAAUCAAGAGACAAAUUCAAAACCAAAAUACCGAAUAAAAAUAUCAUUGAUAACCUAUCAACUCCCCAAAUUCAUAGGUACAAUGCUUUGGAUAGAGCUUCUCCUUCUAAAUUAAUUGAUUCAAAAUCUAUGGUGGCACUUCCUCUGAUUUAAUCAAAUAGAAGUGUUACCAAGUUUGUUUAUGACUCAAAAAGUGGAGGUUAUAAAUUUUUAGAAGAGUAGUCUAUUUUACCUUCAUAAGUGUAAAAACAGUAAUAAAAGUAAAUACCUAUUGAAUAAGAUAAGUCUUUUCUAAUCAAUUCGAGUAGAGGUAAGAAUUGAUUCAAUCCAAUAUUAGGAACUUCAGUGUCAAAGAAUCAUGUCAAAUAAAGUCUUCUUUUACCAGGUAAAGUGAAUGAAUCGCUCUAUGUUAAAGGGUUCAUUAAUAAGGAAAUAGAAAUGAAGAUGAAACUGCAUUAAUUAAACUUAAAAAUGAAGAAAGCACCUCAAAAAAAAUGA